ACAUCUUAUUCAAUGGACCUAUUCAUUUUUGUGCAGUCUUCAUUGAAACCCUCUUUCUUUCUCUUUUUGUACUGUCUAUUUUCUUUCUUUUCCCUUGGCGCACACACAAAUAAAUUAAUUUCCAAGCCCCAUUAAUAUCCCGAAGCUUCUUUUAAGACGAAGCCUCUCUCUCUCUCUCUUUAUUUUAAUGGAAACUCAUAGACAACCUGAUAGCCAUACCGAAAACAGUGAUACAUCAAUAACCAAAGACAUGAGUCAACAUUAUACCCCUCUACGACAGUCUGACAACCAACAGAAGAUGUCCCGAUAUUGGGCAUUUUGGGCUCAGCAUGAUUAUUUAGCAGGCUUCAUCUAUCGUCUAUGCGCAUUCAUUGUCGUCCUUGGCGUCCUGAUCGCUCUUGGCCUCGGUCUCAAAUAUACAGAUGGUUUACCUUCAUCUGAGGAUUUUUCCAACCUUCAAUUUGAUUGGAAGAUUGAUCCAAGUGAAACACUACGGCCCUACAAUCGUUCAUUUCAAUAUAAUGUGCUUCUUGACGGUCAUACGCAUACAAAGUACAGUGAUGGAAAAAUGAACGUCCGUCAAUUGCUCGAUUGGCACCUUGCUAAUGGAUAUAAUGCAGUCAUUGUCACAGAUCAUAAUACAGUCAAAGGCGGAAUAGAAGCAGAGAAACUAGCUUUGGCCGAAUACAAUCAAUCUAUUGUCGUGAUUCCAGGCAUGGAGUAUAGCUGCUGCCGGAUCCAUAUGAACUUUAUCGACAUCAACGAAACAGUACCCGUGACAGGGCCUAACCCAACCGAUCAAGAGCUGCAGCAAGUCAUCCAAAAGGUUCAUGCACUGGGUGGCCUUGUCAUCGUCAACCAUAUUCCUUGGAGCAACACAACCGAGGCAGGAUACCAGCUACCAAGACUGCCCAACCACCCAAGCAUCGACCAACUGAUCGGUUGGGGCGUUGAUGGCUUCGAAAUUGUAAACCAAGAUGUCUUUGAUAUGGCUAGCUAUCAAGCAGCUAUUGAGCAUAAUCUCAUUCAGAUGGUCGGCAUGGAUCUUCAUCACCCCUCGGUCGGUGCACAAGCGUGGCUGACGAUCCAAGCGCCCAACAUGACACGUACGGCCAUCAUGAAUGAGAUAAGAAAUAGACGGACAUCAUUUCUGUUUGAUCCAGCCGGCACAAGGCCUCGUGUAUAUGUUGAUGCACCCUAUAGCUAUAAGCUGCUUACACCGUUACUCGCCUUGGGCGAUUAUUUUGGUAUGUUCUACGACGACUACAAGGGAAUGUAUAGUUUCCAAGGCACUUUUUGUCAGCCUGAGAGACUAAAUGUUAAUGGAACCGUCAUCGGUUGGUUUAUAUUUUGGAUUUUCUUGUUUGUUCUUUCCUUUGAGGCCCUUCGCUGGGCCAUCGUUUAUGCAAUAAAUAAACGGAGAUUGAAGCACCAUACAACUUAAAUAAACGCUGGUCCGGUCCGCACAUACCUAUUAAUUUCCUUAUUAGUAAUUUAUCUCGAUUCUUUGAAUGAUAAUUGUACGGCCUAGAAAGAAAUAGAAAAAGUGAGGAUAGCGGAAGAUGAGGUGUAUUAAGCAGGAGAUAAUGAUGGGGCUAUUGUGUUUUCUUUCUUCCUUUAUUGAUAUAUAAUAAAGUAAGUGUUCAGCUUGAUGGAUGGAUGGAUGAAAUAUAAGAAACUAAGCAUAUGAUCGAAUUAUUGUAGUAUGGCUGAUUCUGCUACGGCCGGUAAUCGUGGACGCGGAGGUUUUGGACGUGGACGUGGACGU